AUGGGCUCGGGCGCUUGGCUCCGGCUGCUCCUCACCCUCGCCGCUCUUGGGGCCUCCUGGAAGAAAAUCACCGAGGGGCCGCUCAGGAAGAAGCUCCUGCUGAAGAUUUCGGGCGAGAACCACACGGAGUUCGAGCAGGGGCGGAUGCGCUUGGGGGAGAACUUUUCCCUGGAAAUCCUCAACACCAGCCGGGAUGACGGGCGGCUCUACGAGUACAGCACCUACCAGGGCUCCUAUGAGGAGGUCUGGCAGAUCCAGCUGGAAGUGCUUGAGCCGGUGGCCGUUCCCAGCAUCCGCGUCCUGCGCCGGGAAUCGUCCAACGGGAGCUGCUGGCUGGAGCUGAGCUGCUCCUCGGAGCGGGGGGACGAGGUUUCCUACAGCUGGGACAGCGGGGACAGCGGGGACAGCGGGCUCUGCCGCGCCAACGGCAGCGUCCUGAGGCUCCGGUUCCCGCUGCGGAGCUCGGCCUUCGACUGCGUCUGCACCGCCCGCAACCCCGUCAGCUCCCAAAACGCCACCUUCGACACCGACCAGUGCGGAUCCCUGCACACGGGUGUCCCCAGGGUGAGGACAGAGCUCCUGGUGCCUCUGGUGCUGCUCGGUGUCAUCGUCGUCAUCGUCAUCGUGGUCAUUGUCACCUUCAGGGCCGCCCGCUCGGCCAAAUGUGACCCGGACCCCUCCCAGGCCACCCCGGACCCCUCCCCGGUCACUCCGGCCAGCGCCACCAUCUACGCCCAGGUGCAGCGGGUGCAGAAGCCCAAAGGCACCGUCCCCGACGCCACCCCCGUGUCCUGCACCACCAUCUACGCCGCCGCCACCGGGCCACCGCCGACCCCCAACGGAGCCCCCCGGUCCCCGGCCGUGUCCCCAACCCCGCGGGGGCGCCCCCCGCUGUCCCAGGAGCCUACGACGGUUUACGCCAGCGUGACCCAUCCGGUGGCCUGAGCUUCCCAGGGAUCCGUUCCUGGCUGGAAUCACUGCUCAUCCCAGGGGAAUCCUUUGGGGAUCCCAGGAAAUCCUUUGGGGAUCCC